UAUUUACGCAGAUUAACAUAUUUUUGCUCUAAAAUUUAAAAACGGGAGUAAAAGGUCACAUUUAAAAAUGAAGUUGGAUUUUCCUUCUAUGUCAUUAUUGGGGUUAUUUCUUGUGUGUUUGGUGGGUGUUACACAUGGAAUUUCAUCAUGUACACAAUCGGACUCUUGUACAUGUAAAUCUGAUACAGGAGGAGUGAUAGAUCUGAAACCAUUGGCUAAAAAUGAUAAUACACCAAAGUACAAAGAUGUUGAUAGUCCCACAGCUGGCCAGCAGUACUCCUACAAUCCUUGCUAUGGUUUUGAUGAGGGGGCUUGCUCUGGUGUUGCAUCCUGUGAGAAUGUUGGAUCAAAUUCAUACUUUGAUGCUGGAACUCCAACCACUGCCACAUUUGCAGUUGAGAAAGGUUCAGAUUUAAAACAGCUGGCCCCAAUGGACAUACCUGAUGAUAACCUUGUCACCAUCACAUAUACUUCUUCAGAUAUAACCAGACAGACCAAAGUGAUUCUAAUAUGUGAAGGCACAGAGAAGUUCUCAGUGGAUGCAUUGCUCACAAAUCCUGACACGACCUAUCAGUGGUUGUAUAUCUACGUGCUGAGGGCCCCACAAGCAUGUCCCGGGGGUGGAGGAGGAUUGAGUGCAGGAAGCAUUCUGUGUAUUGUGUUUGUCUCUUUCCUUGUGUUGUAUCUCCUCAUUGGCUUUAUUGUGACAACAUUUGUACAGAAGAAGGAAGGAAAGGAGAGAAUACCUAAUUCACACUUCUGGUUUGCUCUGCCCAUCAUGGUAAAGGAUGGAACUGUUUUUGUUAUAUCCAAAAUACCUGGAAUAGGAGCAAAAACACAAGGCUACAAAUAUGAUAAUAUCUAAGAAUGAAUUCACUUGAUGGACGGCAUAUUACUGUAAAACGUUGUCAAAAUGUACUUUAAAAAUAAAAUGGGAAUCAUUGUUAACAUAAUGGAUUACUACUACUAUCACAUUUUUUGUUUAUUUUGUCUCAUUAUAAAAAUGUGUACAUAUUUCACAGUAAAACAACAAAUUACAUACGGUAUCUAAAGCACCUGUACACUAGUACAAGAACAUACAAUAACUAAACAGUCUAUACUGUUAAAUGCACAGCAACAUUCAUAAAAAACAUCAUAUAAAAAUAGUUCUAUCAAACAAAAUGGUAUUUCAAAUUUCAAUUAUGCAUAAUUUCUCAUGGUUUAUGAUACAAUUAUUCAUGAUACCAUUAACCAUGAUAUAUGAUAUAACGAUCAAUUACUCAUAUUCAUGAUAUAAUUAUUCAUAACCCAUGAUACAAUCACUCAGUCAUUGUACAUAUCCAUGAUGCAAUUAUUCAGUCCACGAUACAAUAAUUCACACAUGAUACAUCAUUGGCGAUAAAUGAUCUAUCAAUAUUCACCUGUGACCUUAUUUUGGAGCAAUCAAAUGAGAAUGGAUCAACACAAUAUAAUAGGACGCUAUUGCAGCACCCCAAGAAAUUCAUCAGCUUGAAACUUUAGUCGAUCC